AUACUCAUCAGUUUCAAACAGAAAGACCAAACAGCAAUUUCAAAUGUACGGCAAACAAUUUUUCUGGGAACUUCAGAUGUUCAUGGAUGAUGACCAGCCAACGACUAGAUUGGAAAUUGAAGAUUGCAGUCAGAAGUAAAAACACGGAUAAUAUUUUAGGAAGCAUAACUUGUGAGAAGCCCAUAAGAGACCCUACAACAUUGCAAAGUUACUCCGUUUCCUGCAAGAAAGAGAGACCUUGCCCAGGUGUUGAAGAGUACCAGCCAACUGAAAUGGUUCUGGAAGUUUUUGACAAAAAUCAAUAUGAAAACGACACUGUCAGCUUCUUCAUCAAAGACAUCAUAAAGCCUGAUGUUACUGCUUGUGAAAUAGUAUGCAAUGGGACAGCCUGCCAAGUGAUUUGGAAACCCCCUCAAACCUGGAGUACUCCAUUAUCUUAUUUUGGGCUGAAAUAUCGGAUCAAAACAAUUGGAGCCUCAGAAAAGAUUUAUGAAGUUGAUAACCCUAUACAACUGGAAAAUGGAAAUCGCCUAGGCUGCAGUUUUAAAAUUAAGAAAAACAAAAUAUACUAUAUCCAAUCCAGAGACAGAUACAAUGAGAAAUCUGCUUGGAGUGAAUGGUCUAAGCCUUGCAGUGUUGUAUCUCAAAAAGAAUGGCCAAGACCAUCACACUCACCAUUCCAAAAUAAACAUAGCCCCAUGCAAAUCCAGAAGGACUUGAGCUGAAGAUGCCUGAGA